GAGUUGACAGAGUGAAUACGUCUAAGACAGAUUUUUAUAUAAAAUAAAAGGGGUGGGCCUUUUGGUACAUCACCUGAGUCUGGGCUAAAUCGAGAGAACGUCAAUCAAAGGCUAAAGCCUGUGCGAGCUGGGAAGGAGCUUUAGAUGGCGGAUGAGCCUUGGGAAGGGGAACCCGUAGAGCUUGUCGACAGCACUUCUCGCUCAACUUUGAACUUUAGCGCCUGCGUUCGGCCUUAUAUUUUAAAACAUUAAAUUUAUUUGUGUUGUAUCUAAAUGUUAACAUGUCGCCGUGUAGUUUUUGCGGUUUUAUUUCGUCGAGAAAAAAUUUAAGGCUUUAGCGUAGUCGUUGUUUUCUGUGCCUCGCGCAGGCAGCCAUGGCUGUCCUCCAUUUUUAGUGCGCUGCGCGCGGCGCUUUAGAAACUCAGCUCUCCAUUCAAAAGGCCAUUGUUGCGCUUUUUUUUUUUAACAGAUUUUUCUCCUUAUAAAUAAUAUUUCGAAUUAUACGGUCAUCCGGCUUUACCGAGAUUUAUGUGUAUUUUUCUUUUCAUUGUCGGAGUAAUAAGAUAUUUUUUAUUCCGGCUGUGGAUGUUACUGCUCACUUCAUGUAUUACCUACCUGUCUAUGGAAUAGGUAUGUGUACGUUGCAGGUUUUCGUGCGAUCGGUUGUAUUUUGAUUCUUAAAGAUGUUUUCAGUCGUCCUUUGUCCUGAUGACGCAGUAAGAAUUUAUGCAUGUGGGAUCUAUUGCAUUAAAAGUCCGAACUCGUUCGUUGCUUGUGACACCAAAAGGGUAUCAUUUAAUUCCCAGUUUUUCUCUCAUAUGAUUUCUUAUUAAAUUUGUUCUUUUUUCGCCAAGCGUGUCAAGGCUGCUCGUUUUUUCUUACGAGGCAACGGGGGACUUUUUGCAGUCCUGAAAGCAAAAGCGGGACUGAUCGGGCUUGCAUGAUGGUUUCACCCCUUCUCAACUUUUGACAGUUUAAUACCUAGAGUAAAGAUCAUCCUUAACACUUAAACAAUAUAAUCAUGUUGAAGAACACCGACAAGAAGGAAGGGGACGACGCUUCGACUAAAAGCAAUGCUUCGAGCAACUCUGCAUCAGAGGAGUCAAAUCAUUCAGGCUCAGAGUCAGGAAGCCAGUCUGAGAGUGAGCCAGGAAGUGAGCCUGCAUGCUCCCAGCAUUCCGAGUCGAACAGCACAUCCGACUCUGAGAGCUGCUCUGAAUCUGGCAGCGAAUCUGCUGGGUCAAAGUCACGGCAGACCAUUGCAGAGAUCAAAGAGAAACGGGCCAAAAAGAGAGAUCUGGCUGAUGUGAAAAAGAUGUGGGAGGAACAUCCAGACGUUUAUGGUGUCAGACGGUCCAAUCGGAGCAGACAGGAGCCUGCUCGCCUGAACAUUGGGGCAGAGGGCAGCAGUGAGUCUGAGACUGAAAGCCACAAAAGAAAGGUUUCACGACAGAAAAAGAAAGAAAAUACCUGGAAAGAUGACUCAAACGACGAAGAUGAUGGUGAGGAAGAAGCCAGCAGUUCAGAGAUUGAGCAGGAAGGGAAAAAAGUUAGAUCCAGAAGACUUCCUGUUAGAAGACCACAGCCCAAAUCUUCUACAAUUAAGCAGCAUCAGUCUCAAAAGGGACGUAAACAGAGAAAGCAGGAAACAUCAGAUGAAGAUGAAGAUGAUGACGAUGAUGAUGAAGAAGAGGAUACUCCCAAGAGACAGACACGUAGAAGAGCAGCUACUAAAAUUAGUUAUAAGGAGGACCAGCAUGAUUUUGAAACAGACUCUGAUGACUUGAUUGAGAUGGCGGAGGGAACAGAAGAUGUGCAGGAUGAUGACAGUGAGACCAUUGAGAAAGUCUUGGAUACCAGGAUUGGCAAGAAAGGAGAUAGGACUCUAGCUGCUACAUUCUGGACUAACUGGAGCUUGCUUAUGCACCUUCUGGAACAUCCAGACACUACUGGAGCGGCCACCACACUCUAUGCUGUAGAGGCCAACGGAGACCCUAUGGCAGAUUUUGAUCCUAACAAGGAGGAAGGUGAGACUCAGUUCCUUAUCAAAUGGAAAGGCUGGUCCUAUAUCCACAAUACAUGGGAAAGUGUGGACUCGCUCACUCAGCAAAAGGCCAAAGGGAUGAAAAAACUGGAAAACUUUAGGAAGAAAAAUGAGGAGCUCAGUGCUUGGUUGAAAAAAGCCUCUCCUGAGGAUUUGGAAUAUUACAACUGCCAGCAAGAGUUAACAAUUGAUCUGAACAAGCAGUUUCAGAUAGUCGAGAGAGUCAUUGCAGUGAAAACUGGGAAGUCACAGGUGCCCUCUGAUUUUCCCUCUCAUAAGACCACGUCUAACGAACCUGAGUACUUAUGUAAGUGGAUGGGUCUACCCUAUGCAGAGUGCACUUGGGAAGAUGGUGCCUUAAUAGGAAAAAAGUUCCAGUCUUGCAUAGACAGUUUCAACAACAGGAAUGUCUCCAAGACUAUGCCCUCCAAAGACUGUAAGGUGUUGAAACAGAGGCCCAGGUUUGUGGCUUUGAAGAAGCAGCCCUCUUAUAUUGGAGAUGAGAACCUGGAGCUGAGAGACUACCAGUUAGAUGGAUUAAACUGGCUUGCACACUCUUGGUGCAGGUGUAACAGUGUUAUUUUAGCUGAUGAGAUGGGCCUAGGGAAGACCAUCCAGACCAUUUCUUUCCUUUCUUACCUGUUCCAUCAACACCAGCUGUAUGGCCCCUUCCUCUUGGUUGUGCCUCUAUCCACACUCACUUCCUGGCAGCGCGAGUUCAGUACUUGGGCUCCUGACAUGAACGUUGUGGUCUAUCUGGGGGAUGUUUUGAGCAGAAAGACGAUUCGUGAUUAUGAAUGGAUUCACCAGCAGACCAAAAGAAUAAAGUUCAACACACUUUUGACCACAUAUGAAAUUUUACUGAAGGAUAAGGGUGUUUUGGGAAACAUAAACUGGGCAUUUCUUGGGGUGGAUGAGGCUCAUCGGCUGAAGAAUGAUGACUCUCUGCUGUAUAAAACACUAAUAGAUUUCAGGUCCAACCACAGACUACUCAUAACAGGAACACCACUGCAGAAUUCAUUGAAAGAGUUGUGGUCCCUCCUGCACUUUCUUAUGCCUGACAAGUUUGAGUUGUGGGAGGAUUUUGAAGAUGCGCAUGGUAAGGGCAGGGACAAUGGCUACCAGAGCUUGCACAAAGUGCUUGAGCCCUUCCUUCUACGUCGUGUAAAAAAGGAUGUGGAGAAAUCGCUGCCUGCCAAAGUGGAGCAGAUCCUACGCGUGGACAUGUCUGCCCAGCAGAAACAGUUCUACAAGUGGAUUCUCACAAGGAAUUACAAAGCCCUAUCUAAAGGCACCAAAGGCAGUUCCUCAGGCUUCCUUAACAUCGUCAUGGAGCUGAAGAAAUGCUGUAAUCAUGGGUUUCUCAUCAAACAGCUGGAUGAGGGAGAAAAUGAGAACCCUCAGGAACACUUGCAGGCACUGGUCCGUGGCAGUGGGAAGCUUGUGCUCUUGGAUAAAUUGCUAACAAGACUGAGAGAACGAGGCAAUCGUGUGCUUAUCUUUUCUCAGAUGGUCCGUAUGCUGGACAUCUUAGCUGAUUAUCUGGCCAUGAAACGUUAUCCUUUCCAGAGAUUGGAUGGCUCCAUCAAGGGAGAGCUCCGAAAACAAGCACUUGACCAUUUUAAUGCAGAGGGUUCUGAGGAUUUCUGUUUCCUCUUGUCCACCCGUGCUGGAGGUCUGGGCAUUAAUUUGGCCUCAGCUGAUACUGUGGUCAUCUUUGACUCUGACUGGAAUCCUCAAAAUGACCUGCAGGCCCAGGCCAGAGCCCAUAGAAUAGGCCAGAAGAAACAAGUAAAUAUUUAUCGUCUGGUUACAAAAGGCACUGUGGAGGAGGAUAUUAUUGAAAGGGCAAAGAAGAAGAUGGUGCUAGACCAUCUCGUCAUACAGAGAAUGGAUACCACUGGAAGGACAAUACUAGAUAACAACUCGGGGAAUUCAAAUUCAAAUCCAUUUAACAAGGAGGAGCUGGCAGCUAUCUUGAAGUUUGGUGCAGAGGAUCUGUUUAAAGAACCUGAAGGGGAGGAAUCAGAGCCACAGGAAAUGGACAUUGAUGAGAUCUUGAGGCUUGCUGAAACCAGGGAAAGUGAUCAAGGUUCCAGUGCCACAGAUGAGCUCCUGUCCCAAUUUAAGGUGGCUAACUUCACUAUGGAUGAGAGCACACCGGAGCUGGAAGAGAAGCCCAUGCGGAACUGGGAUGAGAUCAUUCCAGAAGAUCAAAGGCGGCGAGUGGAGGAGGAGGAGAAACAGAAGGAGAUGGAGGACAUUUACAUGUUGCCCCGGAGCAGAAGCUCAAAUAAAAGAGCACAGGCAAAUGACAGUGACAGUGAUGUUGGCUCAAAGCUCAAAUUGAAGAGCCACUCAUCAGGUUCAGAGAGUGAGACAGAUGACAGUGAGGACGAUAAGAAACCCAAGCGGCGAGGCCGACCGCGUGCACGUAAAAACAAUGUGGAAGGCUUCACAGAUGCUGAGAUUCGGAGGUUCAUAAAAGCUUAUAAGAAAUUUGGCGCUCCACUUGAAAGGUUGGAGGCUAUUGCACGUGACUCUGAACUGGUAGACAAAUCCAUAGCAGAUUUAAAGAGACUAGGAGAGCUGGUGCAUACCACUUGCAUAGCUGCUGUACAGGAGCAUGAAGAACAAAUGAAGGAGAACCCCACUGAAGCUAAAGGGCCUGGAAAAAGGCGUGGCAUUAACAUCAAGAUCUCUGGGGUUCAGGUAAAUGCUAAAUCCAUCAUUCAGCAUGAGGAAGAUUUUGAGCCUCUGCACAAGUCCAUGCCUUCUAAUCCUGUUGAGAGGAGCAAAUUUCAUCUGAGCUGUCGUGUGAAGAUGCCACACUUUGAUGUAGAAUGGGAUGUGCAGGAUGACAUGCAUCUGCUGUUGGGCAUCUAUGAGCAUGGCUAUGGCAACUGGGACCAGAUCAAGACUGAUCCUGAGCUAAAACUCUUGGACAAGAUUCUUCCAGACAACCCUGACAAAAAGCCACAGGCAAAGCAGCUGCAAAUGAGAGCUGAUUACUUGUUGAAGAUCCUGAAGAAGGAACAGGAAAGUAAAGAUGCAUCCAAAGCAGAAGAAGAGUCCCAGGUGAAGAAGAGAAAACCUAGAGUAAAGAAAGACAAGAUCAGAAAAGAUGAACUGGCCAGUGAAAUCUCCUCUCCUCAUCUUUCUGAACAUACUUCAGAGGAAGGUGAAGUAAAGGAUGAUGGGGCUGAAAAGAAACCCACAAAGAAAAAACAGAAGAAGGACAACAAAGAGAACAAAGAGAAACAGGGCUCUAUAAAGAAAGACAAGGAGGGGGAAAAGGACAAAAAACGGGCAAAGCUCAAGAAAGAAAAGACUAAAUCAGGAGGGAAAGGCAAGAAAGCUCAGGGCCCUGUGCACAUUACAGCAGGCAGUGAGCCAGUUCCUAUUGGAGAGGAGGAUGAUGAGCUGGACCAGGAAACCUUCAGUAUUUGUAAAGAGCGGAUGAGGCCGGUGAAGAAGGCUCUUAAACAGCUGGAUAAGCCUGAUGAAGGCCUGUCAGUGCAGGAACAGCUGCAGCACACACGUGCCUGCCUGUUGAAGAUUGGAGACCGAAUCACAGAGUGCCUUAAAGCCUACAGCGACCCAGAGCAUGUCAAAACCUGGCGCAGAAAUCUCUGGAUCUUCGUGUCCAAAUUCACAGAGUUUGGAGCUAAAAAACUGCACAGGCUAUACAAAAUGGCUCAAAAGAAGCGCUCCCAAGAGGAGGUGAGAGAGCACAAGAAGAAAGAUGACCCAGCCAAAAAGAAGCUGUUUCGUCCAGAACCUUCUGGAUCGAGUCGGGACUCCACUGGCACACAACCUUCAUCGAAACCACACCCUCCACAAAAUCACCCAACAGGACCCCCUUCUCACUCACACCACCAUCGGGGAGAUUGGCAAAGGGAACGUAAAUAUACCUACCCAGGAAACAGUAACCAGCCAUGGCAAGGUGACCGCCAUUACCCUUAUGACCAACAUAGGUAUAAGGAGCAUCACUACAGCAACCGGCGGGCACACACAGACUUGUACCACAGCUGUGGCUUCCGGAACCCAGGCUCAGCCCGUAAACGGGUGUAUGAUCAGUACAGCAAUGAUCGAGACCACCGUGUUCAUCGUGACUAUUAUGACAGGCAUCCAGACCCAAAGAGAAGACGUUCAGAUGACUACCGCUCUGCGAACUACCACCAGGGAGGUGGUGGAGGAUCUUACAAUCAGGACUUCCGGAGGAUGCCUGAUCACCGAGGUGUCCCGGGGCCUGAUCACUACCGGCCGUUUCACCCAGACAAACCCCCUCCUCUGAUGGACCCGCGCUCUCCUCAGGCACAGAAAUCUCCGCUUGAGUCCCUCUCACCCCUGGACAGAACCACUGAACCCACCAAACCCAGCCCAGAUCUUAACUGGAACAGAAAGACGUGAUUCAGUCCAUAAUGCUUGUGGAAAAUAUAGGGAGGCACCAGGCUGAGGUGGGGACACCAGUCUCCUCCUACUUUUCUGAACUCAUGAUCCUAUAGGUGGAGCUCAAACUUCUAUGUUAUUGAGCUUUCUGGGUCUUGUGGGGCUAAAAUGAGUUAAAGGAAUGAAGCCCUGUAGGUCCUGUGGACUACUAAAUGAACAGUGAAUUAUGAUGUGAUUUGGAAGCUUGGAAGUGCCUCGCUCGUUUGUCUUUUCUUCAGCCAUUAGCAGAAAUGGGAGUAUUCCCUGUAUUCCUUGCUUUGUGCGGAGGUUUAUUCCAAAAAAAUAUUAUUAUUAUUUUAUUUUAUUUUUUUUUUUAAAGAAAAAUUUAUCUUCAAACACAUCAUUAGAUGUUAAUUAACAUGAGUUGUUUUGAUCCUGUAUUAUGUAGGAGAACUCCUUGUCCUAUACAUUUUAGUGUUUUGCUUUCAACACACCCGAUUCAACUAAUUUGCUAAUUGUCAGUCCAUUUUAAGUUGAAGGGCAGGGAAAAAACUAAAAUGUACAGGGCAGGGUAGGGAAUGUGUUGAAAUAGUCUUAUAAUUUUUCUGCCCCAAUUAAACCAUCAGAACAUUAUGCUCAGAAAAACAACCCCACAUCUCCACUAAUGGCAAAUUAUAUAGGUUAUAUUUUCUCUAAUCAACCACAGUGACAGAAAUCUCCAACAAUACAGGCCUUGUUGUUAGAACACUAAAUAACUAAACAUAAAGCUGUUUUAUACUAUGGCUAUGCGUAUGCCUAAUCAUAGGUACUGUUUGAUCUUUACAUUGCACUAAAAGUAUCAUACUCUACAAAUCUUCAGUAAUAAACCAUACGAAUGUUGACAUGAUGUUAAGUGGAAGAUGUCUGUAUUUGAGCAAAAACUUGUGAAUGAAGCAGGAAGCAUUGAGCUUUUGUUUCACCAGUUGUAAAGCCAAAAUUAGACUGGUGUGUUGGUAAAGUUCUUCUUUAAAGUUUUUUUAUUUGUCUGUUUUGUUUGUUUGUUUUCCCUCCAUCUGUGCCUUAUUUUUGUGUCUAAAUGCCAGGCUUUUAGUAUGGUGCAUUAAGAAGAAUUAUGGCAUUAUCCUGAAUAGGGCAUGUUGUGCACUACCUAGGGUGUAGAAGUCAUAUAUUUUAAUUACUCUUUGUAGUGCACAUAACAAGAAAGAAAGGAGGCCUUUGGGAUUUUGACAAUUUUUAAACAAGAUCUUUCAGUGGAACAAUUCUGAGUAUUGUUGGUGCCUGUUAUGGACUGUGGAGACUUUAAGAGAAAGUGGGAAAACACUUUCUCGUGGAGGAACAGAGGCAUGUGUGUUACAAGGAGUUGGAACUCAUCUUUCUCUUUCCUCCAAGAGACUUUAUUCUUUAAGGAGUACUAAUUAAAGUAAUUUAUAUUUGUGAAAACAGCCACUGUUCACAUGAACUGCACUGUACAUAUUGUUUAUACACCUGUAUGUAUUAAACUUUGCUACACCAUGCAGUUUCAUGUUGCUGUGCAUUUUAAUGAUUUUAGUGUCUAAUGACUCCUUAUGCAGAAUGCAGAGUGUAAAUGUACGUGCAUAUUAUGUAAGUAUGUAAUAUUUAAAUAAUCAGAAUAAUUAAUAUAAAAGUAAAAAAAAAAAAAGACUGUAGUGACAUUAUAUGACCAGAGGAUGGCAGUAUAUGUUUACCGCUUGUGAUAGCAAACAAAUAACACCAUAUUUCCAAUACUCCACAAGACACUUUGUUUUAUUCAAUACAUAAUUUAGUAAAUGAUAUUCACUACACACAAACACGCAGGUGGACUGUGACCUAUUUUAAUUAUACAUACAAAAGUUUAAUCUGUCUGGCUUCUCCCAUUCAGAAAUACAUCUUAAAUGUUUCUACCAUUGUAAUAUUAUCACAUCUUGGCCUCAUAAUCAAGUUCAACCAAAAAAGAGCUAGAGAAUGAACUCUUAAUAAAUUGUAUUUGACAUUAGCUAAAAUUACAUUUGUUCUUAUGUGUGGAAAAAUCUUUAAAGAUCUACUAAUUAGCGAUUUGUGGUGUCUGUAGUAUUCACAUACACAAUAUAGCAUAUAGUAUAUCUUGAAAAGGAAACAUUCACUAACUCCACUCAACCUCCAAAUAAUUGCAAGAUUUAGAACAAACCGACUCUGAAAUUAAACAUUCAGACAUAAGUAACUCACUAUGGUACCUACCAUAAGAGUAACCUUGAGCCUUUAAUCAUAAAUAACCUUCACCCAUCAAGUGAUCUAGUGAUAGUUUCACGUUUUAAUCAUGUAAUAAAUGAAUGUCAGAAGUCUGUCGAUGGCAUCUGGAACAAACAAUAAAAAUGUGUCAUAUCAAAGA